GGACCGGCGUGACUUGGCCGUGUAAGAAGUUUCAGCUCUUCGUGAUCGACCCUUCUGCGUUCAUCGAGAGUGCAUAAAGGUCAUCGGUUCGCAGAGGAAAGCGGAAUUAGGGUUUCGGGAAUUCCCCCUUCGAGCUCCCAAUUCUCCCGUUUCGUUGUGCUCCCAUCUCGACUUGGAUCGGGUUGGGUUCGAGGGUAGUCCUCGGCGCCGAUGAUCUCUGCCUCGGAUCCGCUGAGAUGAGACCGUUAGAGGACCUCCUCACCGCGGUCUCCCUCGCGGCCGCGCCGGCGGGGACGGAAGCGGAGACGGUUGUGCUUCCGGGACCCGCAGACGGGAGCGCGUCGGUCUCCCCGUCGUGGCUCGUGGGUUGCCAUGGGCUCCUGUACAAUCUCGCAUUGAUCGUCCCCUCGGUGAUCUUUGUCGCCUACCUCGCGUCUCUGGCGCGGAAGAGCUUCGCCAAGCUCACGAAUGGCUACUCUUAUGUCAUGAUUGCCUAUUACGCCCUCCUCUGGCUCAUCAGCGUUCUCAAUCUUCUAUGGUGCCUUGUCCAGGCAUGGCAAUGUUCGCCUGAGAAAGAAUUAUCUUGGAAUAUGUUGUCAUUGUUCACAGAAUCUGGGAUGUUAUUUUUAGAAGUUAGCUUGUUGGCCUUUCUACUUCAAGGAAAUCAUGCAGGUGGAUUGGACGUUUUAACACGUACAUUUGUAAUAUCUGCAGUAAUUGUUGCUGCUGAUACAUUAUUGAAGGCAAUCUAUAUAUUUGGUUUCGGGGUUCCAUUAUUUGCAGACAACAAUGAAACAGCACAUCAAGCAAGAUGGGGUUUGUGGAUUGUCCACAAGUUGUUGCUUACUGCAGUCUAUGGCUCCAUUUUCUUCAUGCACCACUCAAAGUGGAGAGAGAGGUUGCCAGCAAGACCAGCAUUCUACAAUUAUGUUUGUGUUAUGCUGUUAUUAAAUACAAUGUCCCUGUUUGGUUGUCUGCUUGCGGGAAAUGGAGCUGGAUUCGGGAUCUGGUUGUCCAAUCUUAUAACCAUAUGCUACCACUCUCUCUAUCUUCCACUUCUCUAUGUGAUCUUCCUGGCAGAUUUUUUGCAGGAAGAAGAUUUGCGCUUAGAGAACGUGUACUAUUCCGAGAUGAAAGAUGCUGGUUUCUUCGAUGACGAUUGGGAUUAGUAUGUCAGUCGGAUAGGUCUACUAUUCUGUGUCACUUUGCUCGAUGCAUGUCGUUUUUUCUGUAACAUGAUAUCAAAGAGGAACAGCUGGUGGCAAAAUUAAGGUUAAAGAAGAAAAGUGAGUUGUAUGAGCGGUAUGUUUCGGUUUGACAAAGGAUCGAUAUCAAUGUAUCUUGUAUCAGUAUAACUCGGUAGAUAUGUAUUGUAUCGAUAAUUGAUCGUUAUAUCGGUAUAAUGUAAAUCAUGAUUAUUACUGCAAGAGGACAUAUCAAACAAGUCAUAUAAUUAAUUAAUUAUAUGGUGGUAUUUGUUGCAUGCCCCUCA